AUGAAACGUCCAGGAAAUGUAAUACUGCCCGCAUAUUUAGCGACAGUCACUCUUUUGCUUUACCUGUCUUCAGUCAGAGGUGACUACUGUGAGGUGAAUCAUUGCCAUAAUGGAGGAACAUGUGUGACGGGGGUUGGCGAGGAUCCCUUCAUCUGUAUCUGUGCAGAUGGAUUCGGCGGAGACACCUGCAACCUGACAGAGACAGGACCCUGCAGUCCUAACCCCUGUAAGAAUGAUGGGUCGUGCGAGCUCGUCUCACCGACCAGACGAGGAGACGUUUUCAAUGAGUACUUCUGCAAGUGUCAGCCCGGCUUUGAGGGAGCUCACUGCCAGAUCAAUGUGAAUGACUGUGCCAACCAGCCUUGUAAGAAUGGAGGGAUGUGUCGAGAUCUUGAUGGAGACUACACCUGCCAGUGCCCCUCACCGUAUGUUGGGAAGCAGUGCCAGCUACGUUGUAUUUCUCUGCUGGGGAUGGAGGGAGGAGCAAUUGUGGAGUCCCAGAUUUCUGCUUCUUCUGUGCACUAUGGCGUUAUGGGUCUUCAACGAUGGGGUCCAGAGCUGGCUCGGCUCAACAACCAAGGCAUCGUCAACGCCUGGACGUCCGCCGUUCAUGACAGGAACCCUUGGAUCGAGAUCAACAUGCAGAAGAAGAUGCGUCUGACAGGAAUCAUCACUCAGGGUGCCAGUCGCAUGGGCACGGCGGAGUAUGUCAAGGCCUUCAAAGUGGCAAGCAGCUUUGAUGGAAGCACUUACACCACAUACAGAGUGGAAGGCCAACGGAGAGACAAGGUGUUUGUGGGCAACACAGAUAAUGACAGCACAAAGACGAAUCUUUUCGACCCUCCUAUUGUGGCCCAAUACAUCCGUAUCAUCCCUGUGGUUUGCCGCCGGGCCUGUACGCUGCGCAUGGAGAUGGUGGGCUGUGGACUCAAUGGUUGCUCAGAGCCGCUGGGAAUGAAGUCUCGCCUCAUCUCAGAUGGGCAAGUUUCAGCCUCCAGCUCUUACCGCACAUGGGGCAUUGAUACCUUCACAUGGCACCCUCAGUUUGCCCGACUGGAUAAGCAGGGGAAGACCAACGCCUGGUCUCCUGCCCAUAACAACCGCUCAGAGUGGAUCCAGGUCGAUCUAGAGAAGACGAAGCGCCUCACAGGCAUCAUCACUCAGGGGGCCAAGGACUUUGGGGUGGUGCAGUUUGUGGCAGUGUUUAAAGUUGCUUACAGUAACGAUGGCGAUUCUUGGAGUACUGUGAAGGACGAGAACACCAGCAAUGAUAAGCUUUUCCAAGGCAACAUUGACAACAACACUCAUAAGAAGAAUGUAUUUGAGCCACCGUUCUACGCCCGAUACAUCCGAGUUGUCCCCUGGGAGUGGCACGAGCGCAUCACUCUCCGCAUGGAGCUGCUGGGCUGCGAUGACUAAAAAGUUGUAAGUCACCAUCAAUCAGUGCCCCCUCCUCAUCCAGCAUCUCCAUCUCCUCAUACGACAGUGGAGAACGUGUCCCACAGAGGAGCGACUGUUUGUUUCUCUGGAUGGAUAAAGAUCAUGCUGGCUGAAUAUCUGGGACUGUAACACUUCUAGCACUUUCUAAAUAGUGUUUUUUUAUGUUCAUGUUAAUAAAAUUGUUUGACAUUGCUCACAGAGUUUUAAAUUUGCAUAGAUUUGCUCCUCAUAAGAAUUAAUGUUGAUUUUGACUUGGUAAUAACGCUUUUUGCCUCUUCAGUUGUACUGCCAGUUUUAAGUAUUUUUCUGUCCUGCCUUUGAAAUUACACAACCCUGCUAUUUCUUAGUAGUUUUAAUGGUCUGCUGAGGACAGAUAACAAGCAUCAUGAAUUUCAUUAAACCCAUUGUCCAACUUGUCUGGCACAAACUAGAAUAAUAAAGCAGGGCCUGUGCAAUAUGUAUUUUAAGAUGUGAGACGAAAA